AUGGGCGUCAAAGCAGUUGCGGUCCUUCGGGGUGACUCAAAUGUCAAGGGAACAGUGACUUUCGAGCAAGCAUCCGAAUCAGCUCCAACAUCAAUCACUUUUGAUAUUACAGGCCACGACGCAUCUGCAAAGCGGGGCAUGCAUGUCCACCAGUUUGGUGACAAUACCAAUGGCUGCACAUCUGCCGGUCCGCACUUCAAUCCUUUCAGUAAAGAACACGGUGCGCCAGAUGACAGCGUCCGUCACGUUGGAGAUCUAGGGAACUUCGAGACCGAUGCACAAGGCAAUGCAAAGGGCACUGUCACCGACAGUCAGGUCAAAUUAUACGGAAAUAAUAGCGUCCUUGGCCGCACCAUCGUCGUGCACGCCGGUACGGAUGAUCUCGGAAAAGGCGGUCAUGAGCAUAGUAAGACCACAGGCAAUGCUGGCGGACGUCCUGCAUGCGGUGUCAUUGGCAUCUCGCAGUCGUGA